GCGUCCUGCAGGGAGAGAGACGGGAAAGCGCAAAAAAAAAAAUCCGCGUUUUUAGGAUGUUUCUUUUAUUAAUUAUCGCAGGCCUCGGAGUGGUGACGUUACUGGUGAUCACAUUUGCACAACACAUACGACAAUAUGCAGCAGGAGGAGUUUGCAAGUCUACAGCUCGCCUCGAUGGGAAGACCGUCCUCAUCACUGGAGCCAACACAGGGAUCGGGAAGGAGACCGCCCUGGAAAUGGCAAUGCGAGGGGCUCGGGUGAUUAUGGCAUGCCGAGACACAGCAAAGGGUGAGGAUACUGCUGCCAGUAUCCUAGCUGCGUACCCCAAAGCAGAUGUGGAAGUUCGAGAGCUCGAUUUGGCAGAUACCUGCUCUAUACGAGCUUUUGCACAGAAAUUCCUGAGAGACGUAAACCAUCUUCAUAUCCUCAUCAAUAAUGCAGGGGUGAUGAUGUGCCCCUACACGAAAACAGUUGAUGGCUUUGAGAUGCAUAUCGGGGUCAAUCACUUAGGUCACUUCCUGUUGACGUUCCUCCUGAUCGGGCUGAUGAAGCGCAGUGCGCCGGCCCGGAUCGUGGUGGUCUCGUCUCUGGCUCAUAACUUCGGCUGGAUCCGUUUCCAUGACCUUCAUAGCCAGGGCAGCUACAACAGCGGAUUAGCGUACUGCCAGAGCAAGCUGGCAAAUGUGCUCUUUGCCAGAGAGGCUGAACGCAGACUCAAAGGCUCCAAUGUGACAGUGAACUCAGUCCACCCUGGGACGGUGAACUCUGACCUGACCAGACACUCAACCCUCAUGACGAUACUUUUCAGCGUCAUGUCUAUGUUCCUGAAAACACCACAGGAAGGAGCGCAGACCAGCAUCUACUGUGCCGUGGCAGAAGAGCUACACUCAAUCUCUGGGAAACACUUUAGCGACUGCGCCCCUGCCUUUGUAGCCCCACAGGGCAGGAGUGAGGACACAGCGAGGAGACUAUGGGACAUCAGCUGCGAGCUUCUUGGUAUCGAGUGGGACUGAUUCAACUUUUAAACGCCAUUUAUCUCAGUUCUCAAAGGAGUCCUUAUCCUUUCUGUUAUCAUUAAUUUCAUCACUAUGGUUUUGAUGUUCUCUACUUUGAACGUUUCUUACCUUAAGAGAUUUCAGCAGUCAGGUAAUAAUGUAAGAGGUACUAUAAUGUGAAGUUGCUUUUUUGUGUAAUAAUGCAGUAAUUACAUUAUAAUAACUUGAGUAUUUUGGUGCCUCACAAUCCAAAACCACUCAGCUGUAUUAUCAUGUGAGCGCAAAUACUUUUUGACUCUAUAUUUUUGUGACACAAUGUGAAUCCAGUUUAGGCAAAAAAGCAACUUGAUGUAUUGCAAUGCUGUAGGAUACUGUGUAGGGUCAAGCCAGGGUAAAUGACCAGCAUCUUUAUCGAAUAUUGUGUUUUGUUUUUAUUGCUCCUGAAUUUACAGCCAAAUUGCUUGACUUUUGUGCCAGUAUUUCUAAAAUAUUGCAGGGGUUCUUACAGAGUUUCCAGGUUGAUUAAGAAAAUUAGUAAACUAUCAAAAAUUAGCUUCAGUCUGAGCCACGAUUACAGCUUCAAUUGCAUAAAUGUAUUUUGUGAUAACUGUAAUACAUGUUAUAUAAAAGUUUUUCUAUUUUAACAAAGUCAGAGUUAGAAUCAUGCCAUUCCAAUAUUUGCAGAGAUUUUUUUUUUUCCCGUAAGCAUUGUCAGAACUGCCCAUUCCUGCAGGAAACUAGGGUUUUACAUUCAUACGGAUUUCCCUUUUCAUCUUUCCUUUUCAGCAUUCACAUGCAAGGUUGCCAAGAGUUUACAUUCUGUGUUUUAUACGAGUGAAACAUGCCUUUUACUACACUUACAUUCUUGUUAAGAGUUGAAUGUUUACAUUUGAUGUAAAUAAAAAGAAAUAUUACUACAA